UAUUGGCUCCAAUUAAUAAACUUUUAGUUUUCGUAGAUUAAUAAAACGAAAUAUGAGCAUACCUGCUACGAAAGGACAAAUAAAAAUCACUCCUGGUGCACUCGUUUGCAAUGAAGCAGAAAUAAUUGGUGAUGUCUCAAUUGGUGUUAGAACGGUUGUGCAUCCAAAAGCUCGAAUAAUAGCUGAGGGAGGCCCAAUCAUUAUAGGCGAUGGGAAUCUAAUCGAAGAACAAACGCUUAUUACGAAUCGAAGACCUGGUCAUACUUUAUUAAUCGGUCAUUCCAAUGUAUUUGAAAUUGGUUCUCGUGUUGAAGCCAUACGUAUUGGCGACAAUAACGUAUUCGAAGCAAAGACAGUUGUUGGACCACAGAUCGAGGUAACGAAUGGCUGUGUUGUGGGAGCUAUGUGCAAACUGACUAGCAGUGAGAAACUAAGUGAGAACACUGUUGUGUUUGGAAGUGACUGCAAACGGAGAAAAGCGUCGGAAAAACCGGCGCCGCAGAUGUUACAGUUAGACUUUUUAACCAAGAUUUUACCUAACUACCAUCACAUGAAAGGCAGAGGAAAGUAAUUUUUGUUCUGGAAUUAACGUGUGAACGUGAAUUUUCGCAUUUGUUAUUCAGACGAUAAAACUCGUGAAAGUCAAAGGAAACGGCGUGUUGAAGUUGAAACGUAAUAUUUAAAAGCAAAAAGCUUGAGACUGGAAAUGAAACAAUAAAUACGCAUAAUUAUUUAUUUAAAAUUUUGAUGGAGCUGUGAAAUGAACUAAUUUUUUUAUUCUAUUUUAGUGGCGUACAUGAAACCUAAUUUAGGCGGUGGGAUUAAAAGGGUGCAUUUCGAUGUUUGCCUAUUUUUCUCAUUAAAGAUCAUACAAGUGAACUUUUAAUGGUCCUUUGUUAUAAUAUAAGUGACAUCAAAUUAGGCCUAAUUUCGGAAAAAUUAUCGCCUUAAUUUAAAUGAAUGGGGAAAAUUACAGUUGACUCUCUCUUUCUCUACCCCGAACUCACAAGGACCUGAAUAAAUAAUUUGUUUGAGAUAUGAUAGCUCAAGAUAUAAAGGGAAAAAAUUAGUUUGAAAGUUACGAAGAAGGGACUAAAAUGCAUGUUAAAUAUAGGGAGAAGUUUGAGCUAAAGAUUAUUUCAGUGUAUCCGUGGAGUGAAAAUAUAUUUGAAUAAGCAAAUUGUAUAUUAUAUGUAUACAUAAAUAUGUGAAAAUCAAAUUUAUUUCUUGUGA